AUGGGGCCUGGACGUGGUUCGAUGGAGGAUGUCCCGAGCUUGGGUACGGGGGCUGGUUCAUGGGCCACGACACGCCCAGGUCCGGGAGAGGCUGCGGAGGAGAUCGUCUCUGGAUUGCGGCCUGCGGUCCCUGCUGAAGAGUCGAGCGCUGCGUCGCAUUCGGCCGAGUCUGUCGAGUCUGUUGUGCCGUGUCGCCAGCGUGGAAGCGAUCACGCAGUUGCGCUCCCGCAUUUCUUGCUUCGAUGCACACUGUGGGAUGAACAACGUCGCACGCUGAUUGAAGCAGCGGGUGCCCACUUUGGUAGCCUGCCACAGAUGCUGGGUGGCAAACCAGAAAAUGUUGACGGAGCAUGUGAAUCUAAUCGGAGAGCAUGGGAGCCCGACAUCAAGGUCGUCAGAGCCGUCCUCGCGUACGCAAUGGAGACGUGA